AUGACUUCUGCAUCUGCAUUGCCCACCUCUUACAGACCCGUCAUCAGCUUUUCUCCAACUCUUCCUUCUUGCUCUACUAGAACCCCUAAAACCUUUCUUUCGCCCUCAAUCCCCACGUUAGCACCGCCUUCCAUUGGUGGGUGUUCCUCGAGAAGCCCCAUUUCUCAGAGGAACCUGGUUAUUUGGCAGAAAAGCAAGAUUGAAUUUGUUAGAACUGCAUCUCAUAGUGAUGGUGUUGAGGGUGAUGAGCUUAUAAAAAGAGAAACUGUCUUGAGUAACGUAUCAUUGGAGUUUACUCCAGAUUUUGUUUCCCGGGGACUGGAAGCCACUGUUAAUCGAUUGAGCAAGUGGCUAGUCACAGCCAUUUUGGGGGCUUUCAUCCUUUAUAGGCAUGAUGCUGAAGCCUUGUGGGCUGCAAUUGGGAUUAUCGUAAAUUUCAGUCUCUCUGUUACUCUGAAGCAAAUUCUCAACCAAAAGCGACCCAUUUCCAAUUUGAAGUCUGACCCUGGGAUGCCAUCUUCACAUGCACAAUCCAUCUUUUUCGCCAUCAUUUUUCUAAUACAAUCAUUGGUUGAAUGGCUGGGGGUCAAUGAACUCACAGUAAUUGUUGGAACACUUGUAUUGGCUUGUGGCUCAUAUCUUUCAUGGCUACGUGUGGCUCAACAAAAUCAUACCAUCAAUCAAGUCCUUGUUGGCGCCAUCUUGGGGUCCAUUUGCUCCAUCUUGUGGUUUUGGUCAUGGGAUGCAAUUGUGGUCGAAGCAUUUUCUUCUUCUUUGUGGGUUCGAGUCAUUUUUGUACUGGGGGGCGCUGGAUGUUUGGCCUUUUUUCUGUGUGUAGUUCGAUACUGGCUUGAAGAACAGUGAGCUUGUAUAUAGGAUUCAGAACUAUAAAUUGAUAU